UUGGAAUUUGUCAGCUGAAAGUUAGCACAGAGAAGAGUGCAAACAUCUUCAAUGCUCAUAAUCUAAUUCAAGCUGCUGCAGAACAAGAUUUUCAAUCAAGAGCACGGGUAGCGUGGCACCCCCUCUGAGCAACAAAGAUCCGCCCCUGGACACAAUCAAUGUCGAAUGCUAUUUGUGGAACUUGUUUUCCGACUUCUACUUAGGAAGUCAUUUUGAAGGAACUUGUUUUUCUAGAGAAAAUGAACAACCGAACAUGGGAAGUUGCAUACUGAACGCACCCUAAAUAUCACUACUUAUUAUUGUUACCCUGAGCUUGUUGGCAUGAGGGACAGAUCGUAGAAUAUCUUGUAGGAUCUACAUUAAGGAAAUGUGGAAUUGCCCUUGUUCAACUGACAUGUUUGCAAAGUUUGCGGAGGACUUCAGUGAUAUAAACAGCAGCCCUUCAUUGCUUAUGUUAUCUGAAGUGGCUUCUUUGUUAGGAGUCACCAUUAUAGGUGGAUCGAUUCCGGAAAAGGAUGCUGAUCAGCUGUACAAUAGUUGCUCUGUGUUUGGACCUAAUGGAGAGUUAAAGGCUAAGCACAGAAAAAUACAUUUGUUUGACAUGGGUAAGCCACUGCUGGGAGAAGUUCAAUUUAAGGAAUCAGACAACAUUUCCGCAGGAGAGGAGCCUACAGUUGUUGAAACAGAUUUUGGACGCAUUGGAAUAGGAAUUUGUCAUGAUAUACGAUUUCCUGAACUGGCAAUGUCAUAUAGUGCCAGAGGUGCUCAUUUAAUAUGUUACCCUGGAGCAUUCAACAUGAGUACUGGGGCGGCCCUGUGGGAGCUGGAGCAAAGAACAAGGGCAGUAGAUAACCAGCUUUAUGUGGCAUCUUGCUCCCCGUCUCGAGAUUCAGCCUGUAGUUACUUGAUAUGGGGUCACUCCACUGUGGUUGGACCGAUGGGUGAAAUAAUUGCAACCACGGGGCAUCAGGAAGCAGUUCUAAUUGCUGAAAUUGACUAUGCUGCAAUUCAACAGACAAGGGAAAGUCUCCCUUUAGAGAGCCAGAAGCGCAAUGACAUCUAUCAAUUCGUAGACUUGCUCAGAGAAGACUCCCAAAAGGCUUUAAGAGUAGGACAUCUUGAUCAGAUAUCAUAUCAUGGCUAAGUGAAGCUCUGAAAUGGGAUUUUUCAGGAGUUAUCCAUCACCAAGAAAAUUCUUUGCUAAUUUUGUUGGCAACAGUGGUUGUAUCUUCUUUUAUGUUUAUUCCAAAUGACAAUAGUUCACAAAUUUGGUAACGUUUGGCAUCUCAUCAAGAC